CAAGGUCAAUAAAUCAAAACAAAAGAAAAAAGAAGCCUGCGGACCAAAAAAAAGAAUUUUUUAUUCUUGUCCAAGUUCAGCUACAUUCGAAUCUACAAUACCAAACAAUGCAGAGGAAUCAACUGAAGAGUAUCAUGAUCAAAGAGGGACCACGCAUUCAAAUUUAAUGGGAAAUUGUUCUUCAUAUGAUACCACAUUGUUAAGAGAAGGCGAAUCUUUUGAAACCCAAAAUGUAUUAAAUGGUAUAAUACCUGAACCAAGUAUAAGUGAAAGGAUUCAACAUCCUAGAAAAAGACGAAGCAUAAUGUAUGAACAUGAUACCAAUACAGACGAGAGAGAUCAAUUUCAGAUCUGUGAAGGUAUUUCUGUCCACAUGGAUGUAUGGCAGUCUAUAAAGACUCAACGUGAUUCGCAAUUUGUUAAGGACUUGGCUGAAAUCAUUUGGGGGACCACUACAUUACAAAAGCGGUGUUUGGACAGUUCAAAAUUAACAUAUGAUAAAGAAAGCAAACAGUUGACUCCCGAGAAAUGCAAAAUAAUAAUAAAUCACUUACAAAAUAAGGUUACGGAAAGUAAAGUGACUGGAUGCAAGAGAUUAUCCAGAGUCAAUAAAUUUUGGUCUUACAUGACAGAAAAAAUUUAUGAUUCAAGAAGAAAAUUAAAUUUUACGUCUGUUGAAGAAGUCUAACGAAUUAGAAAAAAAGUUUUUAUUGAAAACUAGGAAAAUGUAUAUGUAAAACGCGUUUCAUCGCCAUUUCAAUUGUUUAACAAUUUGACUUUAAGAUUUUAUUUAAAAAGUUUACUUUUUCGA